ACCCAUAUCACUUUAUUACUGCGAACUAAACAUACAGCGAUAUCACAUCGUUUAUGGCAUGAUGUGACGUAAACUAUAGCUCAACGUUUGUUAAUCGCGCUUAUCGGCACUAAGCUGGUUGUGGUCAGCCUAAAAAAAUGUGACAGCUUGUUGCGAGAUAAUGUAAACACACGACAUCCUGGAAGAUGCCAAAGACCAGCGAUGUCGCUUGACGGAUCGUUUAGCUGCCAUGUAAAUAUCAUAUUGUAGCCCAGUUCCGAAGCAGAUACGUUUCUUUUAAAUAUCUAGUUUACUGGAUUUGAUUUACCUGAAGGGUGUGAUACAUGUUUAUACAUAUGUGUCAUGUAGCCGCACCCCUCGUAUCUCCUCCGCAUGGUUCAUUCCGUCCGCCCAUCAGGAAGUGUACACAAAUGUGUUGGUGGAUAUGAGCGAUUCAAUUUUAGCUGGUUGCUGUUUUCAAUAUUCGCGUGAGUUAUCUGUCUUGUCUUCUGUUCGCCACUUCCGGCCAUUACAUUGUUUGUUUACCUUGGACAGUCGUUAUAGUUGUAUUUUUGAACGAGAUCUUGUGAUCUGUUGGCUUCUGUUUUGCUGCAGUGGAUGGAUGCUGAGCAUGCUGGGACAUGACUGAUACAUGAUGGAUCCUGAGGAAGCUGACCUGCAGAAUGACUACCGCUACCGUAGUUACGCAGCUGUCAUUGAAAAGGCACUGCGAAACUUCGAAUCAUCUAGCGAGUGGGCCGAUCUCAUCUCAUCACUAGGAAAACUCAACAAGGCUCUGCAGAGUAAUCUGAAGUACUCGCUGUUACCAAGGCGAUUGAUCAUAGGGAAGCGGCUGGCUCAGUGUUUGCAUCCUGCCCUGCCCAGCGGCGUCCAUCUCAAAGCACUGGAGACCUAUGAGGUCAUUUUUAAAAUCAUCGGUACAAAAUGGCUGGCAAAGGAUCUCUUUAUUUACAGUUCAGGACUGUUCCCAUUGUUGGGUCAUGCGGCAAUGUCAGUGAAGCCCAUUCUAUUGAGGCUGUACGAGCGGUACUUCCUGCCUCUUCAGAGGGCGCUGUUACCCAGCCUGCAGGCCUUUAUCAUGGGUCUUCUGCCUGGACUGGAGGAAGGUGCAGAGGUCUAUGACAGGACAGAUGCUUUGCUCUUGAAGUUGUCGGUGUUGGUGGGUCAGCCUGUGUUUUAUGGGGCACUGUGGGGUUCAGUGCUCAUAUGUCCUCUUGUACGGCUCCCUGCCACCCUCUUCAUCGUUGCACAUUUUGAUCACUCGCUCACAGGCAGAAAACAGAAGUACAUGCUUGGGACUGAUCACAACCUUGUAGUAAAAUCCAUUUGUCUCGCUCUACAAGACUCCAAUGUUUUGGUCCAGAGAAACAUGCUGGAAAUUCUGCUUUACUUCUGCCCCUUUGCAACCUACCUGGAUCCUGUAGAGUGUGCCAUUCCAUUAAAUGAAGAUGAGAUGAUCAAUGUGGUGUCAGCGGCCUCGCUCACUCUUCUCAGAAGAGACAUGUCUCUGAAUCGACGUCUGUAUGCUUGGAUACUCGGUUUAGACAUUAAGGGAGGAAUAGUGGCUGCGGACUCCAGUUGUUAUAACACCGUUGAAGACUACACAGCAUUUUAUUUCAGCACACACUCCAGAAGAUUACUGGUGAAGGCACUGGGGAAUAUUUUGAAACAGAAGGAUAUAGAGGCCAACCCAGACAAUGUCAUAGAGUAUCUCAGACCAUUUCGCAUCAUUAUUAGCCUUCUGGACAAACCUGAAAUAGGGCCCUUGGUGUUGUCUGAUGUGUUGCUGGAGGUGGUCCGAGCUUUUUACAGCUACUGUAAAGCAAUGCUGGGAGAGGACGCUCUAAACAGCAGCCUGAGCGGCAGCCAACUUAACAGUAAAAUCAAGGAGAAUAAAAACGCUUCAGAGAUUAUAAAGACUGUGAAUAUGUUUGUGAGUGUCAUAAGCAGCAAUUAUCUCUGGGAUUACAUGACCAGGCACUUCCAAACCUGCCUCGGCUCACAGACUGAUCCAGCAGAGAAACUUGACUCUAAAGAAUGGAGCAUCCCUCCUUCAAUCACUGAGCUCUCGACCCUCAUUAUUUUCUUGUUGGAUGUUAUUCCUCUGGAGCUCUAUGCAGAGAUUCAAACUCAGAACCUGCCACAGAUGCUGGGAAGCAUGUUGCAUUCGCUGCAUGGUCACAUGACAUCCUUUAGCCUGCAGGAGCUCACGCAGGCCAUGAGGGCAUGUUACAAAGUGCUCAGUAAGAUCCAGAUGCCAGUGGCCUAUAUGGACAUGGAGGCCGAAUCACAGAGACUGGAUGUUGAGCAUACACAGAUCUUGGUAACAGAAGAUCAUAAAAAGAAGGAGAGCAGCCAGGUAAAAGGUAACCAUGAAGAGAACUCGGGUGAGGUUGAUCUGAACGGACAUGAUGCACUGGAUGUUGAGCCGCUUGAAGCACCAUACCCUCCUUUGCGGUCUGAAGACAGUGGUUUAGGACUGAGCGCCUCUCCAUCUGAACAACACCUUCUACCAGCCCGAACUGGAUCAGAUUGUCUUUCUGGGACAGAGGGUGUUUGGAGAAGAAGAGGGACAAUAGAAAACAUGUCCAAGUGUUUACAGAACAUAUUAGCAUCUAUGAUCACAAGCCACUUGCUGAAUAUAAUUGAUCCUGAGGAAAAGAAAAAACAGGAAGAAGCAAAUCGGGUGGAUCAGAAUGGCAGUCCCCGUGGCAGUAAGCAGUCUCCACUGAAACGUAAAGGCAGCCGAGACCUGGGUCUCAUCAAAGACAGACUUGCAGAGUUUUUCAACCCUAGUAAACUAAGAAUCGCUGGCUUUCAUGGGUCUUCUGGGGAUGGGGGUAAAGACCACAUAUCUGCAGAGUUGGAAUGGAUGGGAAGCUUCCAGUCAAAGGGCAAAGGGGAGAUAUCAGAGUCGUGUCGGCAGGCCUUCGCUGUCAUCUGCCAACUUCUUCUUGAAUGCACAACAUUUCCAGUCUAUUUCACAGAGGAGGAGAGCAAAGACCUGAACACAACCAUGUUCAACAAGACAGGGAGUGACAGCAGCCUUCCUGAGUGGCUGAGGUUCUUGAUGACUCUGUGUUGUCUGACGAAAGACUACCAGGUGCAACAUGUUGCGAUCUCCUCUCUGCUUGAGCUGAUCAAUCACUCGCAGUCUUUAGCUCUUGUCAUUCAGGAUAAGAACCAGCGUUAUAAGAACUCUGAUGCUAACCCGCUCAGUGGACAGCUUCAAAUGGUCACCCUGCCUCCCAUCUACCCUUCUGUUCUCAAAACUUUGGAGAACUCCACAGACUUUUACCUGCGUGUGUCUCAAGUGCUUUGGGCUCAGUUGGACAUUGAACGCAGAGAACAUCAUGUAUCUUGUGUGGAGCUCUUCUAUCGGCUUCACUGCUUGGCUCCAUCUGCAACCAUUUGUGAGGACAUCAUCUGUCUGGGUUUAUACAGCAGAGACAAGGUUGUGUAUCUGGAGGCCCUCCACAGGUUCUCGGUUCUGUGGCACCUGACACGAGAGAUCCUGACUAAUCGCAACACUUCUCUCAAACGCUCCUUUGACAGGUCUUUGUUUGUGGUACUAGAUAGUUUAAACAAUCAGGAUGGUAGUGUUAGUGCUGCUGCCCAGAACUGGUUGGUGCGGGCUCUCUCGCUGAGUGAUGUGGUCCGCAUUCUGGAACCAGUUCUGCUCUUAUUGUUGGAUCCAAAAACGCAACGAUCACCGAUACAGAGCAUAAAACAAAAUCUCCCUGUUGGUCAUUUUAAGCCACUGAGUUACAGAGACAGAUCCACUAUAAAAAGUUCUUUAGAGGAACAGCAGGACACAUUUGCCAGUGGAUUCACUGUAGUAGACCGUGAGGCAUUGUGGAAGGAGCUGGAACGAGAUCCAGAGCUACUGAGAACGCCCUCGGAUUCCCCAGGAAUGUCCCAAAGUGAGAGUGAAGAAACAGAGGAAGAGGAUGAAGAAAGACCGGAAGAAGUAGAAGAGGAUAGUGAACACACAGAAUCGGCAGACACUAGCGGUGCUCAGAACUCAACGGAAAACUCCAGCUCAAGCUCCGCCCCUUACAUUCAGCAGCGUGAUGAUGGUGGCAUAGAGGAGGCUGGGGUCAAUGGGCUGAAGCGAGUAGACUCGGAACGCACUCAGGUUUCUGAUUCACUUUCAAGUGAUGAAGACGACGGACAGUUGGAGGCCAUGGCCAAAUCUCGGCAGCUGAAGCGACAGCGAGAGAAACGAGAGGCGGUGAAUUCACUAUUCCGUCAUGUCUUGCUUUAUAAGCAGCAGUAUGAGAGCAGCCGGAUUCUUUAUGCCUUCACUAUUUUAGAGACUAUACUUCGGACAAGUGCCGGGCCAUUUGUAGAGGCUCUCUCUAAUACUUCUCUGGAUUGCAGCUCCACUGCCCAUCUCAACCUCAUCCAAAACCUUCUGCAAAGGCACCGGCAGGCUGAAGAAGGUGGAAGCUUCUAUGGACAAUUGCAGAUCUCAACCCCACCAACUGCAGCCACUCCUGAUCCUGCAUCUUCUCCUCUCUAUUCACCAUCUUCCCCGUCUUCGCCACCAACUCUUCUACUUGAGCUGCUCACCUGCCUCUGUCUGCGGUACCUCCGCUCUCACUAUCCGUCCUAUGCUAAUGUUCCCAACCCACAACUCCAGGCAAAUCGGGAGGUGCAGGUGAAAAGCGUAGAGGUGCUAACUGAGUUGAUGAUUCAAUUGGUCAGGGUGGCCCAGCAGGCUCAGAUCGGAGACGCAAAGUGCUGUGCUAAUCUGGAGGCGGUGCGUAACCUUCUUUGGAACUACAAGGUGCAGCAGUAUGUUCUCCUUACCCUUUCGGCCUCCAUGUAUGUUUGCCAGCGGGGUGAGCGGUCUGACCAAAACACGGUGCUCGAGGAAGACCUCGACGGGGAGCUUUCUGAAGAGAAUCUGAUUAACCUUGGCAGAGAUGGGACCUGGGCUGAACAUCCGCUCCAGAUCGCCCUGUUGAAACUUCUCAAGGUUCUUAUUGUGUUGGAGCACCAUGUGUGUCCUCCACACACCAAGGCACACGAUUCACACAAAGAUCAUGAUUCUAACCAACAGCGGCGGGCAGAACCUCCUUCCUCAGCCUUGGCUCGAGAGUGGCAAACAGCUGUUAUGUUCCAGCAGUCCAUCAAAGCAGUACGUUACGUUGCCAGUCAACCUAUCACAGCUCAAGGCAUGUUCGUGUCAGCAGCAGCCCGGGCUUUGCACCCACAGUACGGAUGCGCCAUGCACCCAGCCUGGGUAACUCUACUUUGUGAAGUGUUGCCAUAUUUAGGACGAUCGCUGGCCAUCAUUGUAUCGCCUAUCAUUGCCCAGAUUUGCAAGAACCUGGAAGAGCUUGUUAAACAACAUGAGCAUGAUGGAAUCAAGUCUUCACAUAACAGCAUCUUGAAAAGGGAGAAUAUCGCACCUGACUAUCCUUUGACUCUGCUGGAAGGACUUACCACUAUUACACACUACUGCCUUUUGGACCACAAGAAGGCAAUUGUAAGCUGUGAUGCUCCGGACAUGCGAAACGCUAGCAAUGCCAUUUUGGAUGAGUUUCCACACAUGAUCAGCAGCAUGGCUUUACUUUGGGGCGUGGCCAAGGGCUGUGACUCCACCCAUGGAAGCAGAGUGUCUCCCACCUCUGUGUACUUUAAGGGCACAAAGAUCUUGAGGCAGAAGGUUCUAGAGUUCUUGAUGCCAUUGACUCAACAGUUCGGGAUGCAGGUCAUGGCCUCUGUUGCUGCUGUGUGGAGUAACAGGAGGAGCCGCAAAAGAUGCUCCAGGAAAAAGAUUUUGCCUGAUGCUAGUGAUUCACAACUGACAGUGGUAGACCUGGUGAAGGCACUAAACACGCUCCGUACAGACACGAUUCUACAGCUCAUCAGAGAGGUGGUGAAGAAACCCCAUCAGAUCAAAGGAGACCAGAAGACUACUUUAGUUGACAUUCCAAUGCUACAGUUCAGCUAUGUCUACAUUCAAAGUCUUCCACCUCAGGCGCUUCAGGAGAACAUCAACUCUCUCCUCUGUCUGCUCAGAGAAUCUAUCCAGCUCAACCUUGCCCCACCUGGACACUUCUUGCUCCUUGGCAUGCUUAAUGACUGUGUAAAUAGACUUCCCAAUAUGGAUAACAAGAGGGAUACUAAAGAACUGCAGGAAGUGAGCCAGCGUAUACUGGAGGCAGUGGGAGCUGUGGCCGGCUCGUCUCUUGAGCAGACCAGCUGGCUGAGUCGUAACCUGGAAGUGAAAGCUCAACCUCAAGUCUGUCUACAAGGAGAAGAUGAUGAUCAUGAAGCCAAUGAUUCUGAUGAGUGUGCAGGUCAGGGCAGCACUAUGGUGUCGUCUUCGGCGCCAUCUGUAUUCAGUGUACAAGCUUUGGCUCUGCUGGCUGAAGUUCUGGCUCCUCUUUUGGACAUGGUCUAUCGCAGUGAUGAGAAAGAGAAAGCUGUGCCUCUUAUUUCUCGUCUCAUGUAUUAUGUUUUUCCCUAUCUAAAAAAUCACAGUGCGUAUAACAUGCCUAGUUUCUGUGCGGGUGCUCAGUUGUUGAGCAGUCUGAGUGGAUACGCUUACACUAAACGGGCGUGGAAGAAAGAAGUGCUUGAGCUCUUUAUGGACCCAAUGUUUUUCACGAUGGACUCUUCAUGUACCUGCCAUUGGAGAUCCAUCAUAGACCAUCUGCUAACUCAUGAGAAAGCAAUGUUUAAAGACUUGAUGAAUAUGCAGAGCAGUUCUUUGAAGCUAUUCAACAGCGCCGAGCAGAAGCCAAUGUUACUGAAACGUCAGGCUUUUGCCAUGUUCAGUGGAGAGAAUGACCAGUAUCACUUCUAUUUGCCUCUUAUACAAGAGCGUCUAACAGAGAACCUGCGUGUGGGACAGACCCCAGCAGUGUCGGCUCAGAUGUUCCUCAUGUUCCGUGUUCUUCUGUUGAGGAUCUCACCACAACAUCUCACCUCACUCUGGCCAAUCAUGGUGACUGAGCUGAUACGUAUUUUUAAUCGCCUAGAGAAGACCCUGCUGGAUGAUAAAGAGGUUUCCAAGAGUAAAUUACGGGGCGGCCAUGACAAGAAUGGUUUUCUGGGCUUCCCGCAGGCAGAGUUGGACAUGUACCUGUCAGCCUGCAAAUUCCUGGACACAGCGGUGUCCUUCCCACCUGAGCAGAUGCCGCUGUUUCAAAUGUAUCGCUGGGCUUUUAUUCCUGAAGUAGACGUGGAGCAUUUUGAUGGUCCUGAAAACACUCUUUUGGAAGAAGAACAAGAGUGUAAACCUCAUGUCGUCAAAAUACUGGAUGGAAUCAACCGACGUUACAGGGAGCUGAAUGGAACAGUAGGAGAGUCGGGCACAGACCGUGUGGAGUUCCCUCUGCUGACUCUGCGAUCUCUUUCUUCAAUCGUGGAUCUUGUGCCGUUCUUCAAUACCCUCUGCUGCUCAUUUACCAGCUCUUCCAGCCUCUCCGCGCCCCUCCCACGCUAUACCGCAGACUACCCACCUCCCAGCAGCCACAGAGUCAUGAAACGCCUGGAGCAAAUCAUAGAAGGAGAGUUCCUAGACGGAAUGGACAUUUAGAUGAUCCACACAUCUUUGGAAAUAUUUUUCUUAGAUUCUGUAUUAUUUUAGUAAUGUUAUUGGUCUCACACAAAGGUCAAGUGCAAUGGGAUUUCAUUGUAGUGCAAUAGAAAUGUAUAUGAGGUCCUGCAAAAAUAUAAAGUUGAUGACAGAGGGGAAUGUAUUAUCUCUGUAUCAUGAAGUUUUUUCAAACACUCUUGGCAUUCUUUUACUGUUUAUUAUUACGGUUUAUUUAUCAUUACUGAAUAAGACAAACUCAAAAUGAGCGGCCCAUGUUUCAACAACAGCAUGAUUGUUGUUUUGUCUAUGAAUCUUUCCAUUUGUAUAGGCUGUCAGUCACGGAGUCACACAUAGGGGUGAUUUUGGAAAAUGCUGACAUGAAUGUUUGUUUAUGCACCAAUAACUGUUGAUGGGUCUUUUACUCUGCUGUAUUUUCCUGCUUUAAAUGUAGUAAUGUAAUAAUAUAUCUUAUUGAGUAUUGAAGUUUAAUACUUUUUAUGUAAGUAUUGAAUGUAUUAUUUAACUCUUACAGUAUGUAUAUUUCGGGACUUAAGGGAAUGUUUUUGAUCCAUGUUUGUGUUCUUUAUCAUUCAUCAGUUGUCAGAUCUAUAAGAAGUUUUAAUGCUGUGAUUCUACCAUCCUAUUGACAAUGAAAUUACGUGUUAAUCGCUCAUAUGCUACUCUGGCGAUUUUGUCCAGUUUAAAUUCCGAAGCCAGUAGAAUUAAAGUGCCUGAAAAUAAAGAAUGUCGUAGAUCCACUAAAAUUAAACAACUUUCCUCGUGCUAAUCUAUGUACUAUUGUGCUGAAUAUUCCAUAUACUGUACAUGUAUGUCCCAUUAAACAGUAAUAUUAUUUUAAAUCAGAUUAAAUAAGUGUUCUUGGAACCCUUAAACACCGCACAAACAUGUUCCCAGUCCAGUAGCUGUGUUUAUUGACGUAUUCAUUCAUUGGAAUGUUGUAGUUUUAUUUUUUUAAGUGAAUUAUUUAAUGUAAAAGUACUGUUCAACUCAAUAAAAUAACUUCAUUCAC